AUGUCCCGCCUCGCUCUAGCCACAAGCAUUGCGCACAUUGGCGUAGGGAUUGGUCAUACUUUCUUCGGCAUCGACCUCUUCUCUAAGCCAGAAUGGAAAUCAUUACCGAAACUGUUCUUCGCCUACUCCCGCGUAGGCUGGUAUCAGGGCGGCGCCUUCUUCACAAUCAUCGGCUUGUAUACUUAUCAAUUGUCCCAGAGGGACCCGUCAACAUGGACAUCGAUUGACCGUACUAUAUUGGCAAUGACCUUGGCGCUGUACUGGGCUAGCAGUGCUUGGUAUCUCAAGAACGGAGACAGAUCAACCGGGGCGCUGACGGGAGUGGUCGGCGCAUUGCAGGCAUUGUGUCUGGCGCAAUAG